UUUAACGCAUGAAACCUCAAGGGUUGUAGUGUAUAAUUGUGUAAGGAAUAUAUUGCGAGUGGUCUGUCUUCUUUCAGCCCCUCUACAGUCAAAACCCAUUCCUAUCAUCUCUUUCUCUGCGAAACCCUAGUAACUGCUACUCCUGCCCAUCAUGGCGACCAACUCCCCGAACCUCGAAUGUCGAAUGUACGAAGCCAAGUACCCUGAAGUAGACCAAGCUGUGAUGAUACAGGUGAAAAGCAUGGCUGACAGCGGCGCCUACGUUGCCCUUCUAGAGUACAAUAACAUAGAAGGAAUGAUCCUUUUCUCUGAGCUCUCUCGUCGUCGUAUUCGGAGUAUUAGCAGUCUUAUCAAAGUUGGACGCAUCGAACCGGUUAUGGUUCUUAGGGUUGAUAAGGAGAAAGGAUAUAUCGAUCUCAGUAAACGAAGGGUUUCUGAGGAAGAUAUUUCGGGUUGUGAGGAGAGGUAUAAUAAGAGUAAGCUUGUUCAUUCAAUCAUGCGUCAUGUUGCUGAAACCAUGGGAAUUGAUCUGGAGGACUUGUAUAUUCAUGUAGGUUGGCCUUUAUAUAGAAAAUAUGGUCAUGCUUUUGAGGCAUUCAAAUUGGUUGUCAGUGAUCCAGAUUCAAUACUUAAUUCCCUCACUCGUGAAGUCAAAGAAAUUGGUCCUGAUGGGAAGGAGGUAACUAAAGUUGCUCCUGCUUUGUCCGAGGAAGUUAAAGAUGCAUUGGUAAAGAAUAUUAGGAGAAGAAUGACUCCACAGCCAUUGAAGAUUCGAGCAGAUAUUGAGAUGAAAUGUUUUCAGUUUGAUGGUGUUCUUCACAUUAAGGAAGCUAUGCGGAAAGCUGAGGCUGCUGGUAAUGAUGAUUGCCCUGUUAAAAUUAAACUUGUUGCUCCUCCAGCAUAUGUGCUCAAUACUCAGACUCUUGACAAGGAGCAAGGCAUAGCAAUCCUUACUAAAGCAAUUGCAGCUUGCACCGAGGAAAUAGAGCGUCACAAAGGAAAACUUGCUGUCAAGGAGGCUCCAAGAGCGGUGAGUGAACGGGAAGACAAAUUGCUUGCUGAACAGAUGGCUAAGCUCGGUCGUGAAAAUGAGGAGAUCAGUGGUGAUGAAGAUAGUGAAGAGGAGGAAGACACAGGGAUGGGAGAAAUUGACGUGGAGAACUCAGGAACUGGAAUUAGAGAGUAAAAAUUGCGGCUUGUUUGAACUUGGAUAGCACAUUCUUCACAGAUGCAGCUCCUACAGAACCUACCUCACCUUUUUUUCUUUUCCUUUAUUAGCCCUUAGUUUACUUUGGCAAUUUUCCUUGACAAGCAUUUAGUUUUUACAUAAAAUCAAUCUUGCAAUUUAAGUUUGUGCGGCUGUUUGAUAAUUCCAAUCUUAUUAUACAUUUUGCAAUGAGAAUGAACAACUCUACACCUUGUCAUCUCAA